UAUCCCGGAUACUCAGCUGAAACGAGUAUUCGGUACGGAUCGAGCACUUUGCAUUUAUGCUUUAGUCUCUUUACUCAAACAGUCCUUCAGCAGUACAACAUUCAUAGUUGUUUUUUAAUGAAACAUUUGUGGAAUUCCAUUGUACCACAAUCAAACAAGCAGCAUAUAAAUAUUAUGCUCUUGAGAUCCUUCUCGGCGAUACUUCAAACUUGUUCAGCGAGUUUCUAUUAGAGGGAACAGAACACAGAGUACUUCAUUCAUAACAUUCAUCGAAUACCAUUGUACUGCACCCAAAAAACUCAGAAUAUAAAAAGGAUGAAGAGAGUUGGAUUCAAAGAGUCCAGAGAACUACAUGAUGAGUGCUGCUCAGAGUCAGCCAACGUUGGAGGCCCUCCAGAGCCACUUUACCUGGGAUCUGAAUUUCAGCAGGUCCAAACUUUUCCGUUUCAGAGACAAACUAAAGGACAUUGGCACCAAUGAAGGAAACAGCUGGCUGGGUCACAUUUACAACCUGCAGGGGUUCAUCCACUAUCAGCUGGGCUUCAUUGAAGAGGCCAAGAGCUUCUUCAGCAGGGCCACUGAGGCCUUCCACCAGAUGAUGAACACAGUCUCAGAUGGUCCCUGGUUGCUGGUGAACUACGGGAACCUGGCUUGGAUGCAUCACCACCUGGGAGAACAAGCAGAGAGUGAGCGUUACCUGUCAAAGGUCCACGCCCUGAUGAAGGAGUACCCAUCUCCAUCUGAGGACCAGCUGCAUCCAGAGAUCUACGCUGAAAAGGCCUGGACCUUGAUGACAUUCUGUGAAGACAAAAAGCAUCUGGCUGCAGAAUACUUCCAGAGAGCCAUCAGGAUGCAGCCAGACAGGGUGGAGUGGCAGACCAGCUGCAUGUUAGCACUAGUAAGUGUCUAUAAACGCCGUGGCAAUGAGCUGAGGUCUGAAAUGAAAAAAGCCAAAGAACGUGAUCCAGAGAACUUGUACCUUGCUGCUCUUUAUCUUGAGGCAUGUGCUCAGAGAGGAACAAACGUUAAAGAAGAAGCGCAUGAGUUGGCCAAAAGGAUUUUAAGUAGACCAGUUAGUAGCUACAGUGGUUUCACACCAUUAAUGACGCUGUACAAAACAUUUUUACACAAAGAUGAAGCUAUUAUUUUGGCAGAGGAGGCUCUGAAAAGACAUCCAGAUGAGCGUCACCUCAAGAAGCAUGCUGCAAUCUGCUACAAAGAGAAGAUCUUAUCUCAAAGCGACAGUCCUCUGGAGCCCAGCAUGAUCAACAGAGCCAUCAGCCUCUCAGAGGAAGUCAUUUCUCUCUAUCCUGAUUCUUCACUAAAAAUGCAAAUAACUCUUGCAAACUUAUAUGCAGAGUCAAAACGCCAAGAUGAAGGGAACCAGAUAUUCAAAGAUCUGCUAAAAAGGGACCUGGAAGACAAAGAGAAACAGAUGGUUUACAACGGCUACGCAAAGUUUUUGUAUUUCAGCCUAAAGAAGGAACAAGAGUCGAUAAAAUACCACAUGAUGGCAGCAGAGAUACCACAACAAUCCUUCUAUCGGGAGGACAGCAUCGAGAAGCUGGAAAAGAUUAAAAAAAACAAAUACGGAAGAGAAAUAGAGGAGUUUCUGGCCAACCUGCAGCGCUGAGAGCUGAUGAUAAAGAUGGAACAACACUGGGGAUAAAUCAGGAAGAUGUUGAUUUUCACAGCCUGAGGAAUAAGUUUAAUAUGAUCCUUUUAUUGAAGUGUCGAAGUUGAUUAAAAUGUAACUUUUAGGGGAAAUGAUGUAAAUGAUGUUAAACACUUAAAUUCUCUCCUGAACAAUGAUCCUGUUAUCAAAGCCUGAUGCAGUUUAAAACUUAUUUACUGAUUAUAUGUUAAUGUUGCUUCAUGUCAUCAUAUUUUCUUAUUGAUCAAAGUCUAUGAGUAACCUUCACUUUCUUUAACAUUGGUCUUGUGUUUAGUCUUUUUAUAUUUCUUAUGCUCCUUUGUGUUUUUCGUUUUACAUGAAAACGUCAAAAUAAAAAAAGUAGAAGAAAACCUUGAAACAUUGUUAAAUAAUAAAAAUAAAAAAUAACAAUAAUAAAA